GGAAUAUCCAUGAUCAUAACUGCCAUCUGGAUGCAUCAGGUACUCGGAUUUCAGUUGUUUACAAAGGAUGUACAAGGAUAAAGACUACAGAGGAAGCCGAAUUUCAGGCUUGAACCCGCUUCCUUUUGAUCCUGCAAGUAAUAAUGAGCCUCUUCAGUUUAGCAACACAAAUGGACCUCUUGUUACUGAUUGCAUUGCAGAGAAUGGUGCAGACAACACCAAAAAAAGAAAGCGCUCCAGUCUACCUCCAGAAAGUGUGAGAAAUAUGGCUGUGGACUCCAGCUCAAUGGGAAUGCCAAUGUCUGAUCCAGCUGCUUGGGCAACUGCAAUGAACAACCUAGGGAUGGCACCCAUAGGCAUGACUGGACAGCCUCUUAUUUCUGAUUUUGAUCCUAGCUUGAGUAUGAUGGCUGGCAUUACUCCUAUGAGCUCAAUUAUGCCUGGAUUGGGAAUCGUUCCCCCUUCAGUCUCACAGGAUAUUCCGGUUGUGAAAGAGAUCAUCCACUGUAAAAGCUGCACUCUUUUUCCUCCUAACCCAAAUCUGCCUCCACCUGCAACCAGAGAGAGACCUCCAGGCUGUAAGACUGUAUUUGUUGGAGGCUUGCCUGAAAAUGCAACAGAGCAGUUGAUCGUAGAGAUAUUUGAACAGUGUGGAGAAAUCAUUGCCAUACGCAAAAGUAAAAAGAACUUUUGCCACAUUCGUUUUGCAGAGGAGGGAACAGUGGACAAAGCCCUCUUUUUGUCCGGUUACCGGAUACGACUCGGCUCUAGCACUGACAAGAAAGACACUGGCCGAUUGCAUGUGGACUUUGCACAAGCUCGUGAUGAUUUGUAUGAGUGGGAAUGCAGACAACGCAUGCUGGCACGGGAAGAAAGACAUAGGCGGAGAAUGGAGGAGGACCGCAUGCGCCCCCCAUCUCCUCCUCCUAUCGUCCAUUACUCAGAACAUGAGUGUGCACAACUGGGGGAAAAGCUCAAGGAUGACUCUAAAUUUCCAGAAGCUAUUCGUAUCCUACUGACUUGGGUAGAAAGAGGUGAAGUUAACCGCCGCAAUGCCAACAACUUCUACUCCAUGAUCCAGUCCUCUAACAGUCACAUUCGUCGACUAAUGAAUGAGAAGGCUGCCCAUGAAAAGGAAAUGGAAGAGGCAAAGGAGAAGUUCAAAAAUGCACUCUCUGGAAUUCUGGUACAAUUUGAGCAGAUUGUGUCCGUAUUCCACGCUUCUUCCAAACAAAAGGCAUGGGACCAUUUCUCGAAAGCCCAGCGCAAGAAUCUGGACAUGUGGCGCAAGCAAGCAGAGGAAAUCCGCAACAUUCAUAAUGAAGAGCUCAUGGGUAUCAGACGGGAGGAGGAGAUGGAAAUGUCAGAUGAUGACAUGGAAGACAUUCCAGUGAGCAAAGAGACAGAUGAGAGAGGUGAGUUAUUUUUGGCCGCCCAGAUUGAAGUCUGGAAAGAGGAGAACGACAGCCCUUCGCUGCAGCUGGAUGCUUAUAGAAAUGAAGUGGAACUUCUGAAACAAGAGCAAGGCAAACUGUUACCCCCACGCACAGAGGAAGAUGCCACAAGACAACAGCAACUGAACUUCCUGCAACAAGCAUUACAGGGCAUGCAACAGCAACUUCUGAAUAUGAGAGAAGAACUAAGAAAGCGUGAAGUAGACCUCAAGAUAACGAAAGAGGAAAAAUUACACCUGCAAACACAGCUAAAGAGUCUAAAGGAGGAAAUCCAACAGCAAGCUCAGCUCGAGAAGACAGACAGGCAUGAGAAAGGAAGUGACGAGAGUGCUAAUCAAGUCACUGAAUGUGCCAUUCCGGUGGUCUCUUCUGCCAGUCAGGAGAAAGAGAAUUCUCCGGAGAAGAACUUUUCCAGCCCUGUCAAAUCAGAAAGAGAGGCUUUGCUUGUGGGUAUCAUCUCAACAUUUCUUCAUGUCCAUCCCUUUGGUGCCAGCAUUGAGUACAUCUGCUCAUAUUUACAACGGUUAGACACAAAGAUCAAUACCACAGAGGUGGAAGCUCUACUAACCCGCCUGCAGCACACCUUCCAGCAAGAAAUAUCAGGGGUGGGUGCUAGCCUUGAGAAGAGGUGGAAGUUCUGUGGCUUUGAGGGGAUUAAGAUGGCUUAGAUGUCCAGAUCAAACAUGCGGCCUACAUGACCAAGGAAAUAAAGCGGCUGAGCCCAAGAGACUUCAGUUCUGUGGGUCAGAAGGACUGUGUUCAAUCAGGCCCAGCUCAGCAUUCAGCGUUCCUCAUUGCCCUGCGGCAGGUUACUAUAGAAACAGCAGCGCUUGUGCCUUAUGGGCAGUGCUGAGUCAGAGGAGACCGAGAUCUCCUUAAGGCUCCGAUGCAGGGAGAAAAAUAUCAGGGUUUUUACAUGCUACAGGCAUUAUUAUCUUUAAAAUUUAUGUUCCUCUUUUUGAUUACUUUUUUUUUUGUUUAUGUGCUGUGUAGUUGUAGUGGUAUUUACAAAUCCAUGUGUAUAUUUAAAGAAUUUCUCAGUGCUUUGUUAUAUAAAAAAAGGGUUCCUGUUUUGUUUUGUUAUUUAUUUUUUCCCUUAGGUGACAGCUUGUUAAAAGUAAGCUAUUGUCAAAGGCCUCAAUAUUCAAAUUGUUAAAGUUGCCUAAAAUGCAGGGUGGCGCAAAUGCUUUGCUAUCGUCGUCUGCUUUUCUUUUAUGCUGUACAGAAUUGUUCGAUAAGCAUAUGCACACUGUUUCUUCUAUGAUGCAGACACAAAAGUGACAUCUGAUUCUUGAUAUUCUCUUCAUCUUGAAAAGUGUGUCUUAGAGAAGGUUACUUGCCUUUUGGCUUCUUUAUAAUUUUAAAGAAUAAUGCAGAUUUCAAUCAGGAAAGAUAAUGGGCCUGACAUGUACUACUUCAACAACAACAAAAUGUGUGUGUACUCAUGCAGAGGUGUUUUAUUUUACCAGCCCUACGGAUUCCUGACAAGAAUGCUAAAGCCGGCCCGGCUGUCAUUCAUCCUAACAGAUUAAGGCUCCUUAGAGCAGUGCACUUUUUCUCAUCUGAGACAUUUGCCAGGUAUAUUUUGAAUGUUAGUACUGCCUUUCUGUACAACGCUAGCUUUAACAAAUGGAAAAAAUCAUCCGUCAUCUACGAUGCGGCUAGCUGCAGUAUAUAUCAGAGCAACUCUGACCAAUGGACCUCCUCAGAAAUGCUUGAAUGUUUGGAGGUUGAAACUGAACUUAAAACUGAAAACUCAACAGAUGUGAUCAAAAUGUGCUUGUCAUAUCUGUAAUUGAGAGAGCGCCGCUCAUCCCCUGAUGGACUGAGCUUCAGCAUUUCUUAAGCACACUUCGUCCAGUCAUUCCAAACAAAAGACAUGUGGCUACACUUUGCAGUAAUUCUCGAGAAAGACAUGUUAUUAAGAUCUUUCAGGGCAAUAAGAGCAUUGUCUCGGUCAGCGUUUUAUCUGCAGGCCAGCAGCUUUGGCAGAGGUUCACUUGUAACUUUAGAGAAAUCAGAAAAGCCAAGAAAUUCAGACUGUGUGUAUGAUAGAUAGACUUGAAAAUGCAAAUGUGAAUACGACUGAUCUGUGUGAGUCUGAAAUACAAUUGUGUGCUUUUGGAGGAUGCUGCAAAAUAAAAAAAAAGAAAUAACGUUCUUUGCAACUUGAUCUCAACCUGGUGGAUUUUCUCAUCAGUUUGAGUAGGACAGAAUUUCAGAGGUGAGAUGGCUGUGUUCACUAAUCAGAGGGAGGUGACAUGUUGUAUGUAUCAGCACAUGCAAGUAAGAAUUUCACUGUACCCUGUGCAUGCAACACAAUUGAUCCUAUAAACCUGCAAUAUUUACUUGUGUUCUUGAAAAUUCAUUCAACAGCCGCAUCUACUACAAUGGUGUAAAAACUGAAAAUGUAUGUAUGAUUUACUCCUGUUUUCAAGUUCUUAUAUUUGUUGUGUUUCAGUAGGUUGAGAAUGUUUACAUUGUAUUUGAUUUAAUUGCCCCUCAUUUGACAUCACAGUAUUUGUUACUACUAACCUGGAAAUGGAUUGGACGGCCUCUGUUUUUAAAGUUACAAUUCAAAGCGCAAGUGUAAAAGCAGUUAAUGAAAACUGCUUAAAAGAAUACAAAAUUAAGCUGAUAUCAGGUGACACAGCGCAGGCAGCCUACUCUAUCUGUUCAAGUGACUUACAUUUAUCUGACUUCUAUGCCUUAGGUCCUGAAACACGGUUUCACCACAAAGAUCAUUUGAAGCUUUAGUGCCAUUGUCUUUACCUGAUGUCUGCCGUGCUUUUUGUGGCAGCUGUUCAAAGGGUUUAAGUUUUAUUUAAAGGUCUACAAAUUAGCCAUACGCAUUAUUUGGCUUUCUUGGAGGAAUUUCAGACAUGUAAAUCGGUUACUGCACUGUCUACUAUGUAGGUUUGAGGUUAAAGGUUAUCAGGACAUAGAAUUUUCUUUUAAGUUUGCGUUUGCCUCUGCCAAAAAGAACGCAUUUAGUUAUAGAACCAUGGUGAGGAUAACAGAAUGAAAUCUCUACUCCUGUAAUCAUCUUGAAAUGCAUAAUUAUAAUUUACCUGCCAAAAAAAGUUAUUUUAUAUGCAUAAUGCUUAGAGAGUUAGGACGGUGAACUUGAAAUAAAAUUAAAAAUUCUAACCUCAACAUCAACCACAGCAUUUCUAUCUGACUGUUACUAUAACGAUAUAUUUCUGCAUGUUAGGCCAUGGCCUGCAGCCCCGAAUUGGAUGACGUGGGUUAACACGUGGAUCAUUCAGUGGAUCCAUUUGGAAAUGAGUAGUCAACAGUAGGCUAGCCAUAUAU